AUGGCUCUGCACAUCGGUACUGGCCCGAGCCCUGACGCGUACGAGCCGGGAUGUCGCCGGAGAGCCGGCUGGGCGCCGGCAACGCCUCCUGCCCGGGCUAUAAAGGGCCCCGAGCGGGGGGAAGCGGCACUCGCUGCCGGGACUGCCGAGCCGGUGCCUCUCUACAGCCCUCCAGCCUCCCGUGUCUGGGCAGGAGGCUACAGGCCCCCCAGCGUCCGCGGCGGCUCUGGCAGCUACUCGGUCUCUUCCCGCGUUGUCUCGGGGCUCGGAAGCGGCUACGGGGGCAGCUACUGCAGCAGCGUAGGAGGGGGCCUGGGCAGCGGCUUUGGGGGCAGCUAUGGGGCUGGCUUUGGGGCUGGCUUCGGAGGUGGCUUCGGAGGUGGCUUUGGAGGUGGCGAUGGCAUCCUCCCGGCUGGCGAAAAGGAGACGAUGCAGAACCUCAACGACCGCCUGGCUGCCUACCUGGACAAAGUGCGUGCCCUGGAGGAGGCCAACACCGACCUGGAGGUCAAGAUCAGGGAAUGGUACAAGAAGCAGGGACCUGGUCCAGACCGCGACUACAGCCCCUACUACAGGACUAUCGAGGAGCUCAGGAACAAGGUCCUGGUGGCCACCGUCGACAAUGCCAACCUCCUUCUGCAGAUUGACAACGCCAGGCUGACAGCUGAUGACUUCAGGACCAAGUUCGAGACGGAGCAGGCUCUGCGCCUGAGCGUGGAGGCCGACAUCAACGGCCUGCGCAGGGUCCUGGACGAGCUGACCCUGGCCAGAGCCGACCUGGAGAUGCAGAUCGAGAGCCUGAAGGAGGAGCUGGCCUACCUCAAGAAGAACCACGAGGAG